AUGGGCAAGGUGAAGCAGCCAGGUAGCGUGCCAAACCGACAUAUUUAUUCACGGAUAUCCUACCUCUACCAAGCAGCCUCUUAUCUAGCCAGCACGAACACUCCCCUUGACCAAGCAGAGUCGCAAAAUUCUCAUGACAAUGUUGAGCAUGUUCAAAAUGACCCAAAUCGCCAGCAAUCUCCAACCAAAGACACACACAAGCAAGCAAUGUCCCGCCGCCUGCUCAACGAGAUGCGAGCAACCUCACUGAAGACUCAAAUCCGCAUCUCUCCAGCCGUGAAACAUACAGUAUGCAAGUACUGUGACUCGCUUCUCAUUGAAGGUGAGACCUGCAACUCCAUCAUUGAGAACAAAAGCAAAGGUGGAAAGAAACCGUGGGCAGAUAUCAUGGUCAUCACUUGCAAUACAUGCGGUCGUCUAGCACGUUUUCCCGCUCAAGCUUCACGACAAAAGAGACGUCCGGCAAGAGAACAGCUGCAGCGAGUCCAAGCUUUGAAGGAUUCUUGA